UUUGGCAGGCCCUGAUUUUGGUUUCCCGUGUCCUUCAUUUAUUUUCGGGGGUCAUGGCAUCCGCACUGGGCGCUUGAUGCGAGCUUGUGGCAAAAAAUAGACGCAAUGUGGCCAAAUACAAGUGCGAACUGCUCGCUAGCACUCUGUAGUGAGAUCUAAACGAAAGAGCUGUUCAAAACUUGGACGCAAAAGUAAACGUAUCACCAUUGCAUGUGCCCACAUCAUGAGAAGUCGUAGAAAUUCGGGAGUGCGCCUUGAUUACUAUCAGCGACUGGUGUGCCGUACCAUUCUUGACCAUCAGGACCCUGUCACAGGUCUUAUUCCAAGCCACAAACAAGAUGAUCAUGCCUGGGUCAGGGACAAUGUAUACUCCAUUCUCUCUGUGUGGGCUUUGUCGAUGGCCUACCGAAAAAACGCCGAUUUGGAUGAAGACCGGGCGAAAACGUAUGAACUGGAACAGGCCUGCAUUAAAAUGAUGCGAGGCCUGCUAUUGGCCAUGAUGAGACAGAAAGACAAGGUGGAAAAGUUCAAGCAGACGCAAAAUCCUGCCGACUCCCUUCAUGCCAAGUACAGCUCGCAGACGACUGCCACAGUAGUGGGUGACCGUGAGUGGGGACACCUUCAGUUGGAUGCCACCUCUCUAUACUUGCUCAUCCUGGCUCAAAUGACAGCCUCUGGUCUUCAAAUAGUAUUCAACCUGGAUGAAGUCAACUUUAUUCAAAACCUGGUUUUUUACAUAGAGGCCACUUACUGCAUCCCGGACUAUGGUAUUUGGGAACGGGGUGACAAAACAAACCAUGGUCUGCCAGAACUGAACUCAAGCUCGAUUGGAAUGGCCAAAGCAGCUCUACAAGCGUUGGAUGACCUGGAUUUGUUUGGGGGCAAAGGAGGUCCAUUUUCAGUAAUACAUGUCCUGGCCGAUGAAGCUCAGAAAUGCAAUGCUGUGCUGCAGUCUAUGCUUCCACGAGAGUCCAACUCCAAAGAAGUAGACGCAGCUCUUCUUUCAGUUAUUGGCUAUCCAGCAUUUUCUGUGGACGACCCUGAGCUUAUAGCUCAAACGCGGAAAAGCAUUCUGCAGAAACUGAAGGGCAAAUAUGGUUGUAAAAGGUUUCUUCGAGAUGGCUACAAGACGGCAAAGGAGGAUCCAAGCCGGCUGUAUUAUGAAUCUUGGGAGCUCCAACACUUUGAAAACAUUGAAUGCGAGUGGCCACUCUUUCUCUGCUAUUUGGUGAUUGACGCGUGCUUUCGUGGGGAGCGUCUAGAGGUGGAAGAGUACUCUGAUGCUUUGGAGCAAGUGCUCCUUCGAACUGAAGAUGGACUUAAAUUGGUGCCAGAAAUGUACGCUGUACCAGCUGACAAGGUGGAAGCAGAAUACAAGAAUCCCCACAGUCAGCAAAGGAUUCAUGUUGGCAUGACCCCUUUUAUGUGGGCUCAGUCACUAUUCAUCAUUGGCCGACUUCUACAAGAGGGUUUCAUUGUUCCUGGCGAGCUGGACCCUCUGAAUCGUAGGCUGGCCUCGGAGAAAAAGCCUGAUGUGGUGGUGCAAGUGGUCGUGCUUGCGGAAGACCACAUCAUUCAGGAGAAGUUAAUGCACCAUGAGAUCUUUGUGCAGACUAUACAGGAUGUCCCUGACUUUGAAGUGCUACCAGCUAGGGUUCUGGGACACAUUUACACAUAUCUAGGAAGAAGCUCUAAACUGGGCUUGAGCGGACGACAGUCACGAGAUGUGGGAAUUCUUAGCACAAGCAAAAUGUACUUGUUCAAGGAUUCUCUCUUGGUAUUCACUCCUCAGUUUGCAGAUCAGCAUCGAUUUUAUCUGGCCUCUGACACUGACCUUCUCAUUGACACCUUCAAGACGGAGGUCGCCUAUCUGAAGUCUGCAUGGAGAAUGCUUGGAAGGCCAACAGUCAUCUUACCUGUUUCACAGGACCUUCUUCAUAAUGGAAAAAUACCUGGGGAAGUUAUAGCCACAAUAAAAAAGCUAAAAAGUGGUUAUACUACUGGUACUCGCAUUCUUUUAGGCACUCUUGAUGAAUUUGUGAGCACAUCCUGUAUUGCAAGCCUCAGCUUUGUUGGAAGUCAAGAGGAAGGACAUCCAGAACGUAUUCCAGCUGAACUCAGGGAAUAUCUGAACAAAGAAUUCACCAGAAAGGACUUAAGAAGAGACUCGAUCUUCCUGAGAAGGCAGUCAAUAAUUGGCACUCCAAAGAGCCCUUCAUUGUUUGGCACUCGAGGGAAGUUGGGUGUGAAGGGACUCGUGAAGAGAUCAAGGUCAAUUCAUGUGGAAAACUUCUUCUCAUAUGACCAGCCAAGCAGUGCAAAAUCAGAGGAGCUGCUGCCAACACUCUCGGAGGACUCGUAUGGUGGUGUUGGGGAUACGGGCUCACCAGCUUACGACACAGAUGAGGAAGAGCUGUGUGAGAUGGUGGACCAGCCAAGCAACGCCACUAUCUUGGGUCUCUCCCAACUUCAGCUAGACAAGGUUUCCGAGAAGGAAUUGCUUGACUUGCUUGAGGAGAGCGACUCCCUUGAAGAACAUGGAGACAUACUGCAUUGCCUAGUGCUUAACAAGGGCCUAAAGUGGGACACAGAGCUGGGUGAUGGCAAUCGUGUAAUCACAGUAAGACAUCUUCUGAAGGAGCUGUAUGAAAAGGCAUACAAAGAACACAAGUGGGGUCUUGUGAGACAUGUUGCUGGCCUUCUGGGAAAGAAGGUUGAAGACCUGGCAAAGGCGGUGACAGAUCUGCUUGUACGGCAGAAGCAAGUUACAGUAGGCAUGCCACCAUUGAAUGAAUACACUAUCACUAGGCCACAGCCAGCGAAACAGCUUCGUAUUAUCAUUUACAAAGCCCAUGGCGCUGAUAAAAGUGCGGCUAUGUUGACCCAAGAGCUGCUUGUGUAUUUGUCUAUGUUCAUUCGAACAGAACCAGAGCUCUUUCAAGAGAUGUUGAGGCUUCGUGUGGGACUCAUCAUUCAGGUCAUGGUAACUGAGCUUGGGCGUUCACUCCAGUGUUCUGCUGAUGAAGCAUCCGAGUACCUUCUCAACAUGCGACCAUUUCAAAUGAAAAUGCUUUUGCGGCAAAUUCUGAGUGGCAAAGAGUUUGUCAUAUUCAACAGCAGCGAUGGCAUAGUUUCUGUGCAAGGCAGCAAAAUAAAUAAGCAAGCCCUACAGCAUACUAUGAGAGAUAGUAUGGCUACAGGUACAAAGAAGCAGGAUGAAAAUUUUGACCGCCAAGGUCAGUGGAUCCGUAGACGAAGACUAGAUGGUGCUCUUAAUAGAGUGCCUAUGGGCUUUUACCCAAGAGCCUGGAAGUUGCUAGAGAGGUGUGUUGGCCUCUCUAUAGAAGGUAAAGUUCUCUCUCAGCACCUGACGAGAGAGAUGACUCAGGGUGAGCUCAAGUUUGCCCUGGAGUUUGAGCAUGUGCUGAACUGCAUCCCACAGCCAGAGUAUCGUCAGCUAAUGGUCGAAGCCAUCAUGGUGCUUACUCUUCUGGCUGAGCAUAAUGUUGUCACUUUUAUCAACAAAGUGAUAAGUGUGGAUGGCCUCGUGCAGCAUGCCUACAAGGUGUUCUUGGAUGAUCAGAAACUUUGCAAUGGUGAUGCCACCCUAUGUUGUGCCACAGAUGGUGUCCCUAAAGCCCAUUGCAACAAAGUGGCAAAUCUUUGCCAGCACUUCUAUGACUCUGCACCUAGUGGUUGUUAUGGUACCAUGACCUACCUCAUAAAGGCUGUGGCACAGACAGUUGACGACCUACCCAACACAAACCUUGACUGCACAAUUAGUUAAACUCACUACAGUAAGACAAUAUGUUAACCACUCUGUGUUGAUCCUUCGUGUCAUUACGUGUACUAAGAAUAAUUUGACAUUGUAUAUAUAAAUAUAGAAAAGUUGAAUGUGCAUAUACAAAGUUUAUUAAAGAGACUGAAGCAAUGAAAGAAAUUGGCAAAAGAAAAAAAGUUUACACUGCAUUGUUCAAAUGAAAAAAGCCUGUUUCAACAUGAUGUCAGAGUGUUUAUGGGAACUUAAGUUCUUUCUGGAGCAGAGCACACUUAAUUCCUUUGUUUCCAGAACUAAGGGGGUCACUACGAUACACUCAAUUAACAACACAAUAAAAACUUGACCUGAUAGAAUGUCUACAUUGUGAACCCACUGUACUUAUGCAGAAUGUUUUUGGCAAGUUGUAUUGUUGUCGACAGAUUAACUUAAAUAAUCUUAUUUACAUAUGCAGCACUGCUUAAAAACUUUUCAGAAAUAUAUAUGCAUGUAUUUUAGUCACGUGUUUUUUAACUAUUGCUUGAUUCAUGUGGUGUUCCCACUGUACAUACUCCAAAAUUUGUAGUGUAACAUCAUUCAGCUGUUUUAGGAACAGUAAUCUCUCUUUUUCGCAACUUAAUCCAGAAUUUAUUGCUGUGGACCUUCUGAACGUGAAGUGCAGGGCCUUUAAUAGAGUGACACAUACCUUAUCCUAAAAGUACUAGUUCUUUUGUGCCUGAGUCAACAGACCUUUUCCCAGGAUGGUCUGGUCAAUAGCUAUACUAUCAAAAUUAAGGCCGGGCAAAUUUGGAUUUUAUUGCUUGACAGUGUAGCUCUGUGAUCAUUGUGAAGAAAGCAUUUUGUUUUACUCUAAUCUUUACAUCAGCUUAUGUGAAAAUGUAUAAUAAUAGGUUGCAUGUAUUAACUUUUUAAAAGCAAGGUUCAGUUUUCUGAAGACUCCAGGAGGUUACUAAAUGCUCUGAAGGUGCCAAAAGUUUAUGCUGUUCAGCUUUCAUGGGAAAGGAACGUUCCUAAGCAGAAUUGGAUGUGUAUUCAUUAAAUAAAACAAAGAUGAUGCUGAUAGCAUGCAGUACCAGAAAUACUGAGUCACAACUAUAGGCCCAAGGUUUAUACAAAUUUAUCAUUUUUGCAGGUACUGCACUUUGAUAACUUUUGGCAUAAAUUUUAUGCCUGCUUAAUAAUACUAUGUUUAAUAAUACUAUGGUUGUUUACAUUGUGAGCUUCAAGUGUAUUCAGAACUCUUUCUAGUCUGUCUGAAGUUUUGCAGUCUGUAAGUUGAAUUAAGGUUCAUGUAUUUUUUUGUUCAGAACAUCAUGUAUCCUGCACUUGAAUCAAACCACUUGUAUGAAGGCACACACUAUACAGGUAAUAUUGGUAGAUAUUGUUUUAGUGAUCAGCAGGGUGCAGCAGCAGACAAAACAGCUGAAAUACUGGGAAGCUUGCUUUCAUUAUGUGCAACUAAUGACACAGGAAUUAUGGCAAGGAAAGCACAGGGGACAUUAUUUGUGGUUUCUUAACUUUAGUUUAAUGAUUCUCAAUCACAAUGAAUUUAAGUAAGUGAACCGAGAACCUUUGAAUUACCUAUCUGAUGCUUUACUAUUUGAGCGACAAUGAAGGGCAUGCAAUUCAAAGGUUUUGGGUUCGAAUCCUAACAGCAGAAAAGGGUGGUUUUUCAUUCACUUUAAUUCCCCUUAGUAUAUCUGAGAAUCAUUACUCUACAGUCAAGAAGUCACAAAUAACUACCUGUAUGCUUUCCUUGGCCUGAUUGUCUGUUGGAUUCAUGAGUUGCAUAUAAUACAGAAAGGGAGCCCUUAGGACAUUUCUCCCUCUUGCAUACUUCAGUGAGUCUAGUAAGCUUUCGGGCCAGCCAUCUUUUUUUAGAAGCUGUGCCAAAGGCAAGUGAUGCAAAAAUCGACUUUGUUUUCUGGAAAAGCCUGUUUUUACAACUGAGUGCAUUUGAAAAUUAUUUUGUUGUCCUUCAGAGGCCAGAUUAAAGUCAAUGUCAUAGCAUUCUUUGGAGCUAUUGUGUUAUGAGUGAACGGAGCGAGAAAUUUUGGCAAGCAAGAGAGCCUCUGCAACUACAGUGUUGUCAUGAUGAUAGAAAGAAAGGGCAGUGUCAGUGUAUACUGUGAUGGUCAAGUCAAGUCAAGUUUAUUAAAUAGUUCAGUUGAGUUA